CCUUUGCACGGCUUAAAGAGAAAUCCCAGGAAAACGGGGCUGCGUCCCAGGGUUUCUCUAGGUCAACUCUUUUUAUUAUUAAAAAAGGACCUGGAGUAUUUAUUCAGAAUCCAGCAGCCUCCUCGUCCUCUGCUGCCCUUUCCCCCCCUCCUCCUUUCUUUUUUAAAUUUUAAAUUAUUAUUUUUAUUUUUGCUACCCCAGGAUUUUGGAAUUUCAUCUGGAUUAUCCUCCGGCAAGCUGGUCAGACUGGAACACACAGCAACAUUGUAGAACUUGGUCUUCUGCAGUGUGCAAAGUCAAUUCCGGCAACCUUCCCUUCUUCCCCCAAUAUAAGGGGUGGUGGUGGUUGGUUUUUCCCAAAGACUAGUAGCCUCUAAGAAGGUCUGGAGGAGGUUUGGCACAGAGAAGAGCUUUCUGGGACUUGUUCCCCUUUUCUGCUGCAAAGGAUGCUCCCUGUUUAACUUCCUUUCUGGCUCUUCCAGAGAGUCAUGACAGUCUUGCUUCCCAGCCUUGCGAACCUUUAUCUCUGGAGUGGGAAUCUCCCAUUUAGUCUGCUUUUCCCCUUGCCUGCCACCUGCCAGCACUUGUCGCUUUAAAUAACCCAACUGUGCAAACUGAGGGAGACUUGCCAAAGAUGCAAGGAUGGGGAAGGUGUCCUCGUCAUCACCAUCAGCCUCUUCCUGAACGGGCUCCAUCCUGGGUUAUCUUCCUCCAAGCUUCCCUGCUCUUCUUCCGGUAAUUGUCAAAGAAGAAGAAGAAGAAGUUCCAGUUGCACGUGUCCCACAUUGGGAAGUUCUUGAUGGCUUCUCUAAGGAGAGUGAAAGUCUUGCUGAUCUUAAACUUGAUUGCCGUGGCUGGCUUUGUCCUCUUCUUGGCCAAGUGCAGGCCCAUUGCGAUGAAGAAUGGAGAUGCUUUCCAUGAAAUUCAUCCCAGGGCAGAAGUGGCCAAUUUGACAGCCCACCCGGCUAACCCCAUUCAAGAUGCUGUGCUGAAGCGGUUGUCCCUUCUUGAGGACAUUGUCUACCGACAACUAAACGGUCUGUCAAAAUCCUUGGGGCUUAUUGAAGGCUACGGUGGUCGUGGCAAAGGUGGCUUGCCUGCCACUCUUUCUCCAGAGGAGGAAGAAAAAGCCAAGGGACCCCACGAAAAAUAUGGAUACAAUUCCUAUCUCAGUGAGAAAAUAUCGUUGGACCGCACCAUACCAGAUUAUCGUCCAACUAAGUAA